AUCAAAGUGGGUAGGAUGACAGCUCGAGUGUUUUUCUCGUUGAUUGCUGUUUUAUUGUGUCUGUUUGGAUACUUGAGCAUAACUCACGCUAUUCAAAGACGAACCACAGUGAACGGUUUCUGUCCGGCGAGGCUGACGGUCGUGCCGUCCCGUCGAGGAUGUUCUUCUGAUAAAGACUGCCCUGGAGGACACAAAUGCUGUCGAUUUGACUGUGGGCCUGUUUGCGUGCUGCCUGUUUUCAUGAAGCCGGGUCAAUGUCCCAUACCGGAGUCGAUUCCACUGUGUGCUGAAAGCUGUUUCCAGGAUGGCCAGUGUCCUGCCACACAGAAAUGUUGCCCAACCACCGGUGACUUUGCAUGCAGUGAACCACGUGGUCAGGGAAGUGGCCAGGGCCAGGGAAGUGGUCACGCCAGGGUCAGGGAAGCGGCUAUGGUCAGGGAAGCGGCCAGGGAAGCGGCUAUGGUCAUGGAAGUGGCUAUGGUCAUGGAAGCGGCCAGGGAAGUGGUCAUGGUCAGGGAAGCGGUCAGGGAAAUGGCUAUGGUCAGGGAAGCAGCCAGGGAAGCGGCUAUGGUCAUGGAAGUGGCCAGGGAAGUGUUCAUGGUCAGGGAAGCGGUCAAGGGAAUGGUCAGGGAUGUGGUCAUUGAAAUGGUCACAGUAGUUUUGCAUAACGCUUACUGGAGAUAA